CGUACGGACAUGACAACGCCAAAGCCAUCCACGACGCAAGGCGAAAAUCGAUUUUCUAUACGUCUUUUAAAAGAGGACCCGACUGAAAGCGAUCUAGUAUGGAGCAUGGUAGUCCGCAACAUAAGCAACAGCAUGAUUUUAGGAAUUACACUUAAAGGAAUACGACAUCCCCUGUUGAGCGUAGGGACCUUGAUGGUUUUCGCCGUUGUUUACCAAUAUCUAGGUAACAUUGUGGUAUCCGGAGCAGUCGCCACUGGAGGCUUAGUGUGCAUAAGUUAUGCAAACGCUUAUUACGGGUUAAAGUACAGACUGUUUAACAGUAAAUCAUCCCCCGAUGGAAGUCACAAAAUGUACGCGCACUACAAUAGCGGGCAAAGGGGGCGUCGUUAUUGGGUCGCCGAGCAUGACGGGGUCAUCAUUGGUGGCGUAGGUAUCCAAGAGCAACAGAAGUCAACAACGAGAAAAAGUGGAGAGCGGAGAACCACUGUGGCAGAGUUGAAAAGGAUGGCCGUGGAGCCGGAAUAUAGAAGAAUGGCUGUAGCCAAAGCCCUGUUGGACACUGCCAUCGAGUUUGCCAAGCAGCAAGGCUACGAUGUGAUUAUAUUGGAUACAUCUGAGAUCCAGCGGGAAGCUAUGCGCUUUUACUUGAAGUGUGGAUUUGAGGAAAUCGGUGUUACCCGGUGUGAUACGGUGUUUCCCCUUUUCAGCUACAAUUUACACAAUUUCAGACGACGUCCUAACAAAAAGGCAUAGGUACAGACCUAACAGCAUGUUAAGGAUUAAGCGCAGAGAAAAAU